AUGAAGAUCCGUCAGAUAUUUGACAUCGUACGCCGCGGCCGAAAAUCGGCGAGCGCUUUCAAAUCGCGACGGCCUCUCUCCACCGCCGUUGCCACCGCCGCCGACCCUGCCGCGCUCCCCCAGCCUCCGCCGCCGACAGCCAUGACAUAUGACCGAUUAGCUGAAUCCGUCAAGCAAAAGCUCCAGAAGCUCGAAGAUCCCGACCCUCGCUUCCUCCGUUACAACUCCCCUCACCCAGCAGUAGUCUCUCACACAGAUAUCCUCUCGGCGCCGCUCACUCGAGUCACCACUCUCUCCAAUGGCCUCCGGAUCGCCACAGAGUCGGAUCUCACCGCAUCCACUGCCACUGUCGGUGUUUUUGUUGACGCAGGAUCGAGAUUCGAGAGUGCCGAUACUAAUGGCACAUCCCAUUUUCUGGAGCAUAUGAUAUUUAAGGGGACCGAGAAAAGGAAGGCGAGGGAAUUGGAGGAGCAGAUUGAGAAUAUUGGCGGCCAUUUGAAUGCUUACACUUCUAGGGAGCAGACGACCUACUAUGCGAAAGUGAUGGAUAAAGAUGUGCCCCUUGCACUUGAUAUUCUUUCGGAUAUCCUGCAGAAUUCAACGUUUGAAGAGCGCAGGAUUAACCUGGAGAGGGAUGUUAUUCUUCGCGAGGCUGAAGAGGUUGAAGGACAGGAAGGAGAAGUUAUUUUUGACCACUUGCAUGCCACUGCCUUCCAGCAUACGCCUCUUGGCAGAACCAUCCUGGGACCAGCUGAAAACAUCAAAUCAAUUCGCAAAGAGGACUUACAGAAGUACAUAGCAACUCAUUACACUGCCCCUAGAAUGGUGGUGGUUGCUGCUGGUGCUGUUAAGCAUGAAGAUAUUGUUGAGGAGGUGAAGAAAUUAUUUACAAAACUGUCAUGUGAUCCAACAACAGCUUCUGACUUAAUAGCCAGAGAACCUGCUAUCUUUACUGGUUCAGAGGUUCGGAUGCUUGAUGAUGAUGUUCCCCUUGCCCAAGUUGCUAUUGCUUUUGAGGGAUCUUCUUGGACAGAUCCAGAUUCCAUUGCUUUGAUGGUUAUGCAGUCGAUGCUGGGUUCUUGGAAUAAAAAUGCUUCUGGUGGCAAGCAUAUGGGGCCAGAGCUUGCACAGAAGAUUGCAAUCAAUGAAAUAGCGGAGAGCUUUAUGGCUUUCAACACCAACUACUAUGAUACUGGCUUGUUUGGUGUUUAUGCUAUUGCCAAGCCUGAUUGCUUGGAUGACUUGGCCUAUGCAAUUAUGUAUGAAUUAACCAGACUAUGUUAUCGUGUAUCGGAGGCUGAUGUCAUUCGUGCUCGUAACCAGUUGAAGUCUUGUUUGCUGCUUCAUAUUGAUGGAACCAGUCCUGUUGCUGAAGAUAUUGGGCGCCAGCUGCUUACAUACGGUCGAAGGAUGCCAUAUGCUGAACUGUUUGCCAGGAUAGAUGCUGUAGAUGCCAGCACCGUGAAACGUGUUGCUAACCGGUUUAUAUUUGAUAGGGAUGUUGCCAUUAGUGCCAUGGGGCCCAUCCAGGGCUUGCCCGAUUACAACUGGUUCAGGCGCCGUACCUACUGGCUCCGUUACUAG